GUUCGUGCAGGAACCCACGAAGGAGCGGCGAGGACUCCAGUCCGAUGGAAGAUUUCGGCCAUCGACGAAAGCUUGGGACUCAAAUGCGGUAUCGAUCCAGCGGGACCGAUAAGCAUCCCUCUGAUGCGCCCUCCGUACAUCUGAUCCAUUCUUGACGAAAUCAGAUGUUAUGCCUUGCUCAAACCGACGAGCUGAAAGGUCUCAUGCCUCCUGACCAUUUCGUGUCCCGUUAUGGAAAUUACCGGUUCUGCCUUCCACGAGAGCGGCGGCCGGGGUGACAGAUUGGGAUCACUCGACAGCCGUGGCCGUGGCGCGACAACUCAAAAGGAAUUUAAUUGACUGUACGUUUGUGAAAGACACAGAUCCGCCAGCGACCCCAUCACAGGCUGUCAGGGCGGUCUCAGGGUAGAGCGAGUUUGAGGGAAAUCGAUAAUCGCUCCAUUACAACACAUCAGUCGGGAGAAAGAUUGUGAAAGGAACCAGGACGGAACAAGCUUGAGGAAGGAAGCAGAAGGAGCUCCGGGAUCGUGAUGCCGAUGAGCACUCGGAAGCGGAAGUACGCUUUGGGUGGCAUAUUUUGCAUUUUUUGUGGGCUUGGACGUGCGAACCAUCUCAGCAGUGGGCCGAGGGAGUCACGAGAAAAUUUCUCCGUGUUUCAAUCUGAUCGUUGGGGAGUCG